AUGUCUAGUGGACCCGUUCACAAGCGGGAGGCCGGUGCCUCGAGUCUUGCCGUCCGGAGAAGAGCAGUGCCGGCGCCUCUGCGGCUCCGGUGUAGCGGCCUCGGAGCUCUGCUGAUACUGCUGUCCUGGACGUUGGUCUUUCCGGCGAACGGCGAACCUCAGGGCAGCUUCGAACGGCUGAUGGAGGCCGUCGGAAAGUCGCCUAGCAGACAUCGCGACUCGGAGGUCGACCUGGACGACGGACGCUACGCGCGUCCCAGGAGGACCUUCGAACGUUCGGACGACCUGGACGACGCGGGAGGGUUCCGGGAGCCCGCGGACAGGUUCCAGCGACUGGUGGCCCGCGCGCCGCCACCCGAGUCCUCGUCGCCCAUCAAGCGCACCAGGCCCGCUGACAUGGACGGCAGCUAUCGGGCGUACUACAUGAACGACUACUGCAACGCGGGCCAGAAGGCCCUGCCCGUGCACCUGCAGCUGCACAGCGACCAGGCGGGCGUCAUCCUCUACUCGCACCGGCGCAACUCGACACCCCGCUCGAGCAUCUGCCAGCUGCCCUUCCAGGUCGAGAACGCCGCCAAGUUCACGCUGUCCUUCCGGUUCUUCGACACCGUCUCCGACUCCUUCAUGUGCUUCAUGUACCUCGAGUUGGUGUCGAGCACCGAGACGACGGACCUGCUCUGCGGCAAAGACUACACGGGCACCAAGAGCAUGGUCAAGGCUAGCUCGUCUCUGACGCUGCGCUGGACCGUGUCCGCCCGGGAGAUACUCAAGCGGCUCGGUGGCUUCGAGAUCGUCAUCACGGGAUUCCAGCAGCCCGAGUCCAGCGGCUGCGCCAAGGGGAUGUCCCGCUGCUCUAACGACCGCUGCGUCUGGAGCGGAUUCAAGUGCGACGGCAAGGACAACUGCGGCGACUUCAGCGACGAGCGGCUCUGCUUCGCCGGCAAGCAGGAUUUCACGCUGUACCUGAUCGCCCUGUUCGUCAUCUCGCUCAUGCUGCUGGCCAUCGGCGUCGUCUUCAAGAUCAUGUACAACAAGUACCCCGUCGUGGUCGCCGGGAGCGCGGAGGCCGCGGCUGCGUCCGAGGGUCCCCGGGAGGGAAUGGUGCAGACCGUGCUGCUGCCGGGACCCCCGCCCGCCAUGGUGGUGCGUCGCAAGGGCUCUCACGACUCCACUCGCUCCAAGACGAGUAGCGCGGGCAAAUGA